GAAGAUCUCUCUCGCUUGGCUUGCUUCCAACGCUACUGGGAAUAAUACGUCAUAAGCCACAACGGAAAUGGUCCCCUUCAAGUUACGAGACGAACCCCUGAUUAACAGCCCCUCCUCCCGCCGCGAUGCUCCGCUGCGCUGCGAGAAUGGCGGCAAUCCUUCGGAAAUCUCCCCUCCCCUUUGAAACCCUCCCUCGCCCCCCCAAACCCGUAUAUCGCCUCCCCAACCUGACCCCCAAUCUCUUCGAUUUUGGGUCGGAAGAGCCUUUUGGGCGCCCGAUUUCCGCGCUAUUCGCUCCAAUCCUUGCACAAUUCUACAUCUGGUGGCGGUUUCCUGGAUAUGGUUCGUCUUGGAUUUGGAUUUGGGCCGAAAGAUUUGAAUUUUGUUCGGUUCCGAGCGGCUUCGGAUGGUGGUUCUGGUUCCAGCGGUGAGGGUGGUGGCUAUAGGGGUUGGGGAGAUGGGAGCUCCGGUGGCGGAGGUGGCGAUGAGAGGAGUGGGAAUGAUUGGUUUUUCUUCUCAUGAUUGCUGGAGUGCUUUUUGCUUUUGUGGUUGCCAAAGACUGCUUCCCUCAUCUUUCCCACAGUUUUGUGUUAUGAGAAAUUUAAAAGCGGAAAAAUAAGUGCUUCGGUGGUCUGGCAGUAGGCAUAAUGCGUCUAUGGUUUGGGAGGUCUAUCUAACGGAUAUGAAAGUCUCUCCUUUAGCUUUAAAUACUUCACAAAGAAACUGUUGAUUUUAACUGUUAAAGAAAGAUUAUGAAAGCCUUCGCAAACGUUGGAAUGUCCUCAAGGAGUUUUGUAUCUGUCGCCAUAUUUGUGGAUGUGAUGUCAUUUUACAUCUUUAUCUGGAAUUUUAUUAAUUGGUAACUGAAUAACUCUGUUACUCCUUUUUUAUCUUUUCUGUGUCAUUGAUUCAUCUCUAUAUAUUUUUGUGGACUCAAUUAAUUCAUACAUGUAUACAUUAUGAGAGAGAGAGAGAAGGAUUUAGUUUAACCAUGUUGUUCUAUAGGUGAAAGGGCCAUGUGGUUCUUAUGGAUUCUGAUGAUGGUUCCAGUUCAUUAACAUGAAGGUCUUUUAGCAUAUAAAUUUAUUAAGACCAAGUCUACACACUUUCUACUCUCAAAUUAUUUCUUUUUGGUGGAAAUUACUAGUCAUUCAGUUAUAAAUAGAGGGAAAAAGUGCAGAUCAACAGCUUUACUUAAGAUUAUUCAGGUACAUGAUGGCACUUGACAAGUACCCAGUGACAACUAAAGCUAUAACAUCUGCAUUUCUGACUCUCAUUGGUGAUUUAAUUUGUCAGCUUUGGAUCGAGCAGCUGUCAAAAUUGGAUUUUAGACGAACUUUUGUGUUCACUCUUUUGGGACUUGUGUUGGUGGGUCCCACAUUGCAUUUUUGGUACUUGUAUCUAAGUAGACUGGUGACGCUGCCUGGAGCAUCAGGUGCAUUCUUACGCCUUUUGCUUGAUCAGUUUGUAUUCUCUCCCAUCUUCAUAGGAGUUGUCUUAACUUCACUUGUCACCUUAGAGGGAAGGCCUUCUCAUAUAAAGCCAAAGCUUCAGCAGGAGUGGUUUUCAUCAGUUGUAGCAAACUGGCAGUUGUGGAUCCCAUUCCAAUUUCUCAACUUUCGAUUUGUUCCCCAGAAGUUUCAGGUUCUUGCUGCGAACUUUGUGGCUCUUGCGUGGAAUGUGAUUCUGUCAUUUAAAGCUCACAAAGAAGUUGUGUUGAAAUAGAAGCAGGAGGAUCGUUCUCCAAAUCUGUCGAUCGAGUGGAAAUUUAGGCAGACAGGUUCACUGUCGGCAAUUGCCGGAUUGGGAGAAAAUAAAAUUGGCUAUCUGGCUUUGAUUGAAGCCUAAGGUCAAGGUCCAUGUCAUGAGACUGCAGUUCUUUCGAGUUCUAUUAUUGGUCAUGUUGAUGGGUACUCUUAGUUCUUUCUCAGCCAAAAUUACAGUUCUCUUUGUACUGUGAUUUCUGUAACAGAUAUAACUUUAGAUUGUCAACUCCAGUUACCUGCAACUGAUGUACUGGCUAUCUAUUAACCAAAAUCCUACUUUCUUGUUUCGGUAAGAAAAA